AUGAUGUCACAAGAAUACUACCCAAUUUCCAUAUUGGCUAGGCAAUUGGAGGCCGCAACAGGAGCUGAAUUCCACACAAUUUUAAAGACCUUAAGAUCGCCAAUUUACAUCAAUGAUAAAAUUUUGAAAUCUGAGUUGGGCUUACUAAACACCAAAAUUGUCAAAUUGUUACACUCAAGUGAUGAUUUUGAUGUAUGGAAGGGUUGUCACACGGCCGUUGUUAUUUGUGCGUACAACCCAUUAGUUUUAUGUGCUCACGCUAGUCAAUUGGUUGCAUUAAUUUAUUCCAAGUUAGAACAAAAAGUCGGGUACUAUCACUCUACCAUUGCAACUCCACAAGGUAAGGUAUUAUUGGAAACGUUGGUUAACUCACUUUCCAUAUUAAUGGAUUUAAUGAGAGGCAAACCCACGAUUUCUAGAGAAGGUUUGGUUCCAAAAUUGAAAUCUAUCAUUCCACCUUUUGUUACUUUGUCGCAAUACGAGCCAAAACUGUGUCUCCCUGUGAUAAAGACAUUACUAUACAAGAACACUACAACUUUCAAACCUUAUGCGAAUCAAUACCGUAGGAUUUUGUCAGAGUUGAUCAAUAAGAGCUAUCAACAUUUGGAUGAAGAAACCCAAAGUUUAAUUUGUGAAAAUUUUGCCUAUUUGCAUUUAAUUAAACUACAAGCUUCUCAAUCACAAGAUGAAACUGAGUCACAUCAUAAAACAUUUGCUGAUGACACUUGGAGAACAGGUUUGCUCUCUAUCUUAUUUCAAUUUAAGCCUAUUAUUGAAUUGUGUGGAGAAGUAUUGGAUUUCACUCAAGAUAAAGAAUUACAAAAAUUAAUUGAAUCAUUGCCUCAUUCUCUGUCUAACGAUAAGCAAGUGGUUGAGUUUUUACCUGGAUUAAAGUUAGAUAUGAACACACCAUUGACUUUAUGGCAGAUUCCAACACGUUUGUCCUUAUUGGUUGGCUUGCUAAAGGGAUUUGUCUCAUUACCAACUCCAUUUGCUGUCAGAAUUCCUAUCGGUGGUAUCGACGCCAUUUGCGAGGCUUUAUUGAGUAUGACAAAGAAAUAUUUACCAUUGAAAAGAGAACUACGUCGUGAUGCUGAACUGAACUCUGUUAUUUCUGAUAUAUUCCCUCAAAUUCAACUUUCUGGUGUACAAUUAUGGACUAUUAUGUUAAGGACAUAUGGUAACUCCUACUUAUCCAUGUCUGAAUCAAUCUUAUCCUCGUUGGAAUUGUAUAUCCCAUUGGAACCUAAAAGUACCGCUAUUGAUUUCCCUCAAUGUUCCAAAUUAAAGAGAGAAUUCCAAGAUGUUUUUCACUUGAUUAAUUUAUUGCUUCCUCAAAUGGGUCAUCAAUUAUCUGAAUUGGAUCCUAUUAACAAAUUAAUCGAUGUUGCUUUAUAUUUAUCCGAGGAUAAAUCCUUAAUUGACGCACUUUUCAAUAAGCUAAUUUCAGGAACCAAAGGGGCCAAUAACCAAGCCACUGGAUCAAAGAAGAAAAAUAAAAAGGAUUCCUCUACAGGUGCCUUAUCUGAUAUCUAUACACAUCCAGAACAAUUCAUGGUGAAUAAUUCCAUCUCAUGGUAUAACGAAGUAAAUGAGUUCUUAAUUACAAUCUUGAACAGUCUAUUACUAUCAACUACUCAACAGACACGUAUUAUUAAAUAUACGAUCUCGAAGGCUUUGGAAUUCCAAAAUGAGAUUGGUUGCAUUCCUGAGAAAUUCAUCGAUUUAUUAAGAGCUGUCGUAUUACAUCCAGGUAAUGAAAGAGUUUCCGUUUUACCAAUUGCAGUAUCUAUUUUGAAGGAUGGUAAUGACGAAAUCUUUGAUUUGUUGUGCCACCCAAGAUUGCCAAUGGGGAUUGUUCAUCAAGUUAGAAGUAGAGCAGCCUUGGAACAGGAAGAAAGUGAUGAAGAGGACGCAGAAAUUGUUACAGACAACUCAAACUUGCAAAGUCAAAUUGCAAGCAUCAUUACUAAUGAUCAGACAAUGCAACCUAUUGCUGUUGAAAGAAAAGUGACUGAACUAAGUCAAGUUGAUGAAACAAAGAUCUUUCAAAAAAGAGAGAAUGAGGAGGGCGAAUUGAUAGAUCAAGAAUCUAAGCGUCCUAAAUUGGUGCAAGUUGAAAGUGAAGUGAGUGAAGAUAUUGAGAUUCCAGUGCUACGUGUAGAUCAAGAACACCAAUCAAACGCUAAUGAGGACGAACAUGAAGAUGAAGAUGCAGAGGACGACUCUGAAUUCGAAAUUCCACUGAUUGACAUUGGGGAUGAUGAUGACGAAGAAUAA